CAAGCUCGGCUCACAUUUAAUUUGAGCCUAAUUUUUAGGCUCAAACUCAGACCGGCUCACUAAAUGAUCGGGCUCAUCGGGCUUUCUGUCGGGCCGAAUGAGCCGAGCUCGGGCUGGCCCAGCCCCAUUGACAGUCCUAUUCUCAGAGUCAUUCAAGUUUGGUGGAUGAACCUCACAUAAGGAAUUUUCCAAACAUUGUUGUUCUCAAUUAACUCAUCACCAUCAUAAUUAUCAUCAUAUAAGCUUUCAUCAGAGGUGAUCCAGUAGUAGUCACUCUCACUGCUACUGCUACCAUAACCACCGUCAUCGUCAUCGUCGUCUUCAUCAUCAUCUCCUUCUUAAUGUUGUUUCUUGGAAACCACAUUUUUAAGUGACCAUUGUGCCUUAAACAACACAUUGUACCUCGACCAGGAACAAUCACCUCUUCCUCCAAAAAAACGUGGCAUUAUUCAUGUCAAGCAUAUAGUAAUUUAUGUGCGUACCUUCAUUAAAAGAGAUAAGCAAGAAAUUGGUGGUGGAAACAAUCAUGGCUUACUAUACAUGCAUUUAUCUGUGUGAUCCAACCUCUGUCUCUAGAGGAUUUUCGUGAACAAUUUUUGAUUUGGCAUCUUUGACAGAUAUUGCACCAUGCGCGCAAUUUGUUGAUGUUCUUGGUUGUAUUUUAGAAAAAUGUAGAGAAUGGGGAAAACAAUGGUGAUAGCAGGUUGAAGCAUUGCUAAAGUUUUGGGUCAUCAGAUGUGUGUGUGUGUAUUUCAAGUUUUAAUUAUGAAAAGCCAAAUGUUAUUUUGAAGUUUACAAUAAAAUUACGCACUAUAAUUGAGGUACACCUUUGUUACCUAAACCCUUGAGAAUUUGUCUGAAUUUCCUUUCAAAUACCAAUAGAAUUUGAAUCCCCUCCCCCACGGCGGGGGUGGGGUACGAUCCCCAAACACAAAAUAGCUAACAGCUAUAAUGUAGCAGCCUACAGGUAACUGCUCCAGGCUUCUUAAAUCCAAAUUUACCCUUUUUUCCCAAUUAAUGAUUUUUUCACAACAUUUGACCAAGAAUUUGAGUUAGUCUUGACUAUAUAUAUUUUUAUUUUUUAUAAUAGGCAAUAUCUACAUUAUUCCUACUCUAACAAACAAUAAGGAGGACUCAACUAGGCAAUGGGAGGUUAGAAGUAGAGGAUCCCAUCUUUUGACCAAAGGGGUGUAUUAUUGCAUACUUGGAUUUUAUUCUACAUUAUUAUUCCUAAACUAACACUUGGAGAGGACUCAACUUGGUCAUGGGAGGCUAGAGGCAGAGGAUCCCGUCUCUUGACUAAAGGGAUGCACUACUACACACCCUUUGAAUUUUACUACAAGUAUAUAGGUUUGAACCUCAGACUUGGAGUCAAACUAGCAAGUGAUGUUUCACCUAAUGACCAGAUCUCGUAUGGCGAGUUGCUUGAGUCUUUGACCAUAUGCCAGAACUUCAUUUUGGCAUCGAUUUAUUGGAACCAGUUGGACAGCUUCGAGUGAAUAUCGUAUGCUCAUAUAAGAUGGAGUUUGGGGUCAUUUGUGUUGUGAAUUUAGGCUCUUUUGACUACUUGAUUUUGGAGUUAAAUUGAAAUUUUGGCAGGAAAUAAACGCUGCAUGUGGUGCAAGUUGUUAAUUUUAAGAGUUGGGAUAAAUUUGUGUAUUUGUUCUGCUGUGUGGACUCAUUCUGCCUUUGUUUUGGGGCAGGUAUCUUUGGGGCUAUCCAGGUAUUUUUAUUUGUGGGUGGAUAUAUUUGUGCAAUCUGUACAAGCAGCCUUCAAACGAUUGAAGACCAUUGCUUGAAAACCCAUCGGCAAACUAAUCCCUUCUUCGCUGGCAGCAUCUCCAGCUCCGGCGAAGUCCCACUUCCAGAGCCAAUAUCAACGUUUCAUCCCCACUCUGGUAGCGACAUCUCAUCCCCAUUCCUGCAACAGCAUCUCCAACAUGGACGAAGACUCCUCAAGUAUUUCCAGAGCCAUGAAUGAUGACUUAUUCAAUCUGCGAUCAUAGAGUAGAAGAGCAUCCUCAUAAAUUUGUCCAAUUUUGCUGGCAAAUUUGCAUGCGGGUCUUCUCGUACUCUAGCUUUUGAGAAGGUUAAUUUGCUGCAGUGAUUUAUAUAGUAGUGCAGUUCUUUGGAGAUGACAAAAAAAAUUGGUGAUCAAGCUGGCAAAAUGUUCGAAUAUUUUGGGAGUUUCUUGAGAAAAUGUAUUUUUUCAGUUCUUUCGGUUGGACCUGUUCCUGAUCACAUUGCAUUUAUUAUGGAUGGAAAUCGAAGAUAUGCUAAGAAGAGGAAUUUGUUAGAUGGUGCUGGCCAUAGGUCUGGGUAUUUAGCUCUCAUGAACAUGCUAAAAUACUGUUAUGAGUUAGGUGUGAAGUAUGCUACAAUUUACGCCUUCAGCAUUGACAAUUUUAGAAGACGUCCUGAAGAAGUUCAGUCCACUAUGCAGUUGAUACUAGAGAAAAUUGAAGAUUUGAUUAAGGAGGAGAGCAUGGUCAAUCAGUACGGCGUUAGGAUUUACUUUCUAGGCAGCCUUAAACUUUUGAGCAAGCCAGUAAGGUUGGCCGCAGAGAGGGCCAUGGUUGCUACUUCUGGGAAUUCAAAAUCUGUGCUGUCAAUUUGUCUUGCCUACACUUCCUCAGAUGAAAUUUUGCAUGCUGUUCAAGAGUGUUGUGGAGAAAAAUGGGAUGAAGGAAGUGCAUUGGAGUCAAAAGGAGCUGGAAAUGGCUUAGUUUUUCUGAAAGGAAAUGAGAAUGGCAAGAUCAAGCCUUCAAUCGUAGUCAAGGAUUUAGAGAAACAUAUGUAUGCUGCAGUUGCACCUGAUCCUGAUAUAAUUAUACGUACUUCUGGUGAGACUCGAUUGAGUAACUUUCUUUUGUGGCAAAGUGCUAACUGCCUUUUAUAUGCACCCCCUAUACUUUGGCCAGAGAUUGGUCUUUGGCAUUUGGUUUGGGCGGUCUUGGAUUUUCAAAGAAAUUUCUCUUAUUUGAAAGAGAAAACUAAGCUAUCAUAAGUUAGCUGGUAAGAGUUUUGUUGCUAUUUUUGUAACUCAUUAUAUGGUUUUGUUGAUUGGUCUUUUAACUGAUUUCCACUUUCAUGAGACAAAAACAAACAGGGGACAGAAUUUUGUUUUAGUGUCCCUGUCCUCAAUAUAGUGAUGACACAUUUCACAGAUGUAGGGGAAUAUGGCGUUUAUUUCCUAACAGGAUCAGAUAUAGUUCUCCAUGUAUGGUGUUAUUAGAAUUCUGUUGUAUCUUUGUUUUUGCGGCACGGGAUCUAUUGUACUGUGUACUUCACAAGCAGAAAGGAUUUUUUCCACUUUUCAGUUCAGCUUGGUGAAGUAUUAUGAAACGAAAGAGUCCUUUAGCUUUUUUUCUUAUUUUAAUUGUAUUUUUUAUUGUGACUUGUA